AAUGAGCUUGGCUUCCUUGAUCUUUGUAAACAAAACCUGUCUCUGUUGAGGACUGGGUUUCUUGGCAAUUCCUCAAAACUCAAGAUCUUGAGAGAGCACCAAGUCUUGGAAGUGCGUACAACAUAACGUUGUUGUUGAAUUAACGAUGGAGCUUCAAAGCCGGAAAAGAGGUGCUAAAAAGACCAAAGGCUACCAGGAUUAUCCUUUUGUCCUUGGCGUGGGUCUCCCGCGAACAGGCACAUUUUCCUUAAAGAUUGCUUUAGAGAAGCUCUUGAAUAUUCAAUGCUACCAUAUGAUCGAAAUAUGUGGACCGGAUGUCAUCACUAAGAGGAAUGACCACGUCCAAUUUUGGAAAGAUUGUCAAGACGGAAAAUACGUGGCUAAGGACAUCAUUAGGUUCCUUUUUGGCCAUGGAUAUAGAGCCAGCACGGACUUGCCCGUGAACUGCUUCUGGAAAGACAUCUACCUCAACCUGGACAAUGUCAAAGUGAUUCUCUCGGAUCGAGAUCCGGAAACAUGGUGGCCCUCCGUUUCGGCCACAAUCAACAGUUGGCAAAAUCAGGCCUUGUUCAAGUUUCCCGCCGUUAUUUCCCUCUCACUCUGUGGCUACAAAUACAAUUUGGACAUGUCGGAAAAGUGCAAGGACAUUAUUGGAGUUGGUUUUGAGGAUUACAAAACGCCUGAAGAGGCGGUCAAGUUUUACCAAGAUUGGGUGGCCAACGUGAAGGCCACAGUGGAGCCCGAGGACUUACUCGUGUUCCGUUGCUCAGAGGGAUGGCAGCCCCUCUGCGACUUUUUAGACGUCCCAGUUCCCAAUUUCCCUUUCCCAAGAGCCAAUUCCAAGGACGAACUUUUGGAGUGCUUCAAAUCUUGGCUGAAGUACAUGUACUUCUUAUUCUUUUGCCUCGUGGUAUGGGGAUUGGUGGCCAUUAGUUUCUUGGGAUAUGCUCUAAAUAGUUAUGUUCUGUAAUGGCCGAACUGUUCUGAUAAUAUAGAUCGAUGAUUGAAACGUC